AGGCACGUUACAUAUAUAUACAUAUAUUACUUUAAAAAAAUAAAAAAGUAGAGUAUAUUAUAGAGAGGAAUAAAUGUGUAUAUGUAAGAAUCAUAAAAAAAAUAAAAUAAUUCUUGAUACUCGAACCUUAUGCAGGUUUUAUACACUAACUACCGCGAUAUUCAACAUUACCAUACAAUUCAUAUGUAUUUAUUAUCUACGCUAUCUACACACACGCGUGCACAAGUUGGUCAAGUGCGAUACUGCGGUGCCGCCGUUGUGUUCGUGUGGUUGUGCUGUGUGCAUCCUAAGGUGCUUCCUGCCACCGCUCUAAUCUCUCGCAUACGCCUCCCCGAUGGCAUCUCCCGAGUCAAAAUCGCCCGAACAGUCCGAGAAAAAUCGGAAAUACGAUCGUCAAUUGAGAUUAUGGGGUGACCAUGGCCAAGUGGCUCUAGAGGCUGCUCAUGUCUGUCUCAUAAAUGCCACCGGACUUGGCACAGAGGUACUGAAAUCGCUAGUGCUUCCAGGUAUAGGAGCGUUCACUAUAGUCGAUGGCAAAAAAAUUACAGAAGAAGAUAUCGGAGCUAACUUUUUUCUAGAAGCAGAUACUGUUGGAAAAUCUAGAGCGCAAGUAGCUACUCAAAUGCUCUUAGAGAUGAAUCCAGAUGUAACUGGCGAUUACAUUGACGAAGAGCCUGAACAAAUUUUAUCCAACAGCCCAGAUUUUUUUAAUAGCUUCACCGUGGUUGUGGCAACUGCACUAACUGAAAAAACGUUGAUUCUUCUGUCGAAAAGACUUUGGGAACUGAAUAUUCCUCUGAUAGUAUGUAAGAGUUUAGGCUUUAUCGCAUAUAUGCGCAUUCAAAUAAAGGAGCAUACGGUUAUAGAGACUCAUCCGGAUAACGAAACGCCAGAUUUACGCCUGGAUAGGCCAUUUGAUAGUUUGAAGAAACAUAUAGAUUCCAUAAAUCUAGAUGAAAUGAACUUCAAAGACCAUUGUCACGUACCAUAUUUAGUUAUCUUGUAUAAAUACUUAGAAAAGUGGAUAUCAGUGCACGGCGCUUUACCGAAAACAUAUAAAGAGAAGCAGCAACUCAGGGAUAUGAUAAAAAGCGGUAUGAGACGUGAUGAGCACGACUCGUCUAAUAGCGAGGAGAAUUUUGAGGAAGCUAUGUCAGCUGUAAAUAAAUGCAUAAGAGUGAGCGAUAUUCCCGAUAAUGUUAUAAAUAUUUUAAACGAUGAUCGUUGUGUUAAUUUGACAGCAAAGAGUAGUUCUUUUUGGAUUAUUGCGAAAGCAGUGCGUGAUUUCAUCGAUAAUGAAGGGAGAGGAUUACUACCACUUAAGGGUACUCUGCCUGAUAUGACUGCAGACACUGAGAAAUACAUUGCACUCCAGCAAAUUUAUCAUAAACAAGCCUCGGCAGAUGUGGAAGCCGUAUGGAGGCGCACUUUGCAGUUACUACGUCAAUUGGGAAGAUCAUCAGAUUCGAUUUCAGAAAAGGAUGUCAAGCUGUUUUGCAGACAUGCUGCUAAUAUUCACGUAGAAAAAGGCAGCUGCAUCGCAGAUGAAUACGAUCCCAAAGUUUUUGAUACUAAUAUUAUAGUUCAAAACUUAGAGAAUCCAGAGAGUAUGAUGCUUUACUAUGUCAUGCUCCGAGGGGUAGAUAAAUUCCAGGCGGAAUAUAACUCGUAUCCUGGCGAAUUUGAUGAUCAAGUGGAACCCGAUAUUGUGAAACUUAAAACAUGCCUCACAAAAUUGUUGAGUGAAUGGGGAUGCGGCCCGUUAGCCAAAGACGAUUACGUACACGAGCUUUGCCGAUUCGGGGGUGCAGAAUUGCACUCCGUUUCGGCAUUCUUGGGUGGUCUUGCGGCACACGAAACUAUAAAGCUCAUCACGAAGCAGUAUAAACCUGUUCACAAUACCUUCCUCUACGACGCCGUCACAGCGACCUCCGGAACGUUUUUCUUUUAAAACUUAUGUGAAAAGAAAAUGCUAAUUAAAGUGAUAAUACAAUUUUGUAGCUUAUAUUAAUUUUUUGUGAGUUCUUUAAAUAUUUUGUAUUAAGACGAGUAAUCUUUCCAAAACAACUUAAUAGAGUUUUCUCUAUUAUUUCAUUUAUUGUCUUAUGAUUCUAAGACUGCAGUUCACUUGAUGUUACAAACGCUUCGUGAUGUUACAAACACUUUAUUGCAACAAAGAAUUUUACGAGUUGAUCAAUCAAAAAAUAUUUUGAAGCGUUUUUAGCAUCAAGUGACCUUCCGUCUAAAAUUGAGAUUUCACAUGUAAAAAAGAAGACAAAAAAAGAAACAAACUUAAAAAAAUUAUUGUAUAUUAAAAAAAUAAAAAGCAUCUUUUUUUAUAAUUGCAUUAUUAUAGUCUAAUUCUAGCUAUUCUUCAAUUUAUCUUCUUGUCUCAUUGUCAGACAGAAAGCUAAUUGUUUUUUAUUUUAUUCAUACAACAUAUAACAAUAAAAAUAAUUACAUUUAAAAAA